GACCGGGAGAGGGAACGGGAACGGGAACGGGAGCGAGAAUGGGAACGGGAGCCUGAAUAGGAAUACGAGCGGGAAUGGGAAUGGAGCGGGAACGGAGCCGGAACGGCGGUCCUGAGCCCCCCCCCUCCCCUCACAUGUGAGGGGUUCUGAGCUCCGCCCGGAGGUGUUGGGCCGGAGCGGGGGCGCCGAUUCCUCCCCCAGCACUGCCAGCAAAUAUCAGGAAUAUUGCCACGUUUGCCCUUAUGUGUCACACAGUGCCAGUAUUGAAGUCUCAUGGAGAUCUGCCCAGCAUGUCUUCACUAACAGAGAAGGACAGGCCAAUUGUUCAGCUCCUACUCAACGCUGGCACUUGCCCACGAUGUAUUUUGAGGUUCUGCUGCGUGGGAUCACAGAUGCUCUAUAGACAUUCACACAAGGACCUGCUGAAGGAUCUGCAGGAAUUUCUGAAGAGCAGUCAGGAAGAAGCAGCCCCAGUCUGUGUGGAUGUGGCUGACCCACCCUGUAAGAGAAUCAGACUUGAACACAGGGAGGAAGGCGCUGAUGAUGUGAACCACAACGGAGCCGUCCCGCAGCUCCCCUCGGCUGAGGAUGGGAGCGCUGCCAUGGAGAGCUCGGCUGGGAGGGUUUGCAACGUGUGUUUGGGAAUCCUCCAGGAGUUCUGCGAGGCUGACUUUGUUAAAAAGGUGUGCCAAAAAGUGAAUUCUGCUGACUACCAGUUCACCAGUUUUGUAUUUUCUGUGUCACUACCCCCACAGCUGUCUGUCAGGGAGCGUGCUGCUUGGCUGGGGGUGAAGCAGCAGAUGAGAAAUCUGGGCCUUCCCUUGGCUAAGGAUGACAUCGUUCAGCUGAAGGAAGCUUACAAGUGGAUUAUUCAUCCCCAGCUGUCAGAAGAGUUGGGUGUUCCUGCUGAUGGAAAGAGUCUGUUUGAAGUUAGCGUGGUCUUUGCUCACCCAGAAACAGAGGAGGAGUGCCAUUUCCUAGCCACAGCCUGCCCAGACUGUUUCAAACCAGCGAAGAACAAACAGUCUGUUUUCACCAGAAUGGCAGUUAUAAAAGCCCUGGAGAAGAUAAAAGAAGAGGAUUUUCUCAAGCAUUUUCCAUGUCCCCCAAGUUCACCAAAGAACCUCUGUGAUGCUCUGGAAGUUCAGUGCAAUAAUGGUGCAGUUUUUGUGGCUGGGAGAUACAACAAAUAUUCCAGGAAUUUACCUCAGACUCCCUGGAUUAUUGACGGGGAGCGGAAGCUGGAAUCUUCAGUGGAAGAAUUAAUUUCAGAGCACCUAAUGGCAGAAUUCAAGGCAGACAGCUUUAAUUUUAGUUCCUCUGGAAGAGAAGAUGUGGAUGUAAGGACACUAGGCAAUGGAAGGCCUUUUGCGAUCGAGCUGGUGAAUCCUCGCAGGAUCCAUUUCACUGCUGAGGAGAUGAGGAGGCUACAGCAGGCAAUUAAUGACUCUUCAGACAAAAUACAGGUUCGAGAUUUACAGCUUGUCACCAGAGAGGCAAUUAGUCGUAUGAAGGAAGGUGAGGAGGAGAAGACAAAGACCUACAGUGCCUUGAUAUGGACAGACAAAGCAAUACAGAGAGAAGACAUCGCGUUCCUAGAUGAUAUCAAGGAAUUAAAGCUGGACCAGAAGACCCCUCUGCGGGUGCUGCACCGGCGGCCUCUGGCCGUGCGCUGCCGGCUCAUCCACACCAUGAAAUCCGAGUACAUCGACGAGCACCACUUCCGCCUGCACCUCAAAACGCAGGCAGGGACCUACAUUAAAGAGUUUGUGCACGGAGACUUUGGGAGAACAAAGCCCAACAUUGGGUCCCUUCUGAACAGAACUGCUGACAUCCUGGAGCUGGAUGUAGAAUCUGUUGAUGUUGACUGGCCUCCAAGCCUGGCUGAUUAACUUCUGGAGCUGGGAUGAGGAAGCAGCAGCUCCUUGGCAGCAGCUGGUGACCAGACACUGUGCAGCGUUCCAGCCUGGGUGCCAAGGGUGUCCCUGGGACAUGUGGAUCAUGUUGAUCUGCCAAAGGAUACCCUUGGGCUCCACUUUACACACACUGGACCAGGUAGUGUUGGUUCAAUCUCUAGCCUUACUUUUAUUUCUUCUGUACAUAAAAAGGUUUUGGGGAGCCAGUGUAUAUAACCCUCUAUCAAGCCAGAUUUUAUUUUAAACUCUUUUUAUAUUGGAUACUACAGCUUUCCUUGUGUGGGUGCACGUAACACUGAGUUAUCUGAAACCCAGUCCCAACUUUUUGUGGGCAGUUCCUGCAGGAAAUCCCAAAAGCCAGGGAGACUGCAGCCAGCAGGACAGUGCCUGCAGCAAAGUUUCCCUGAGACACUGACUCUGUUUUGGUCAGUGGCAGUAGAGAUGAACAAAUUUGUCUCUCAGAGUGCUUUUCAAAGGGUAAAAAAAGUUUUCAGAGGAGAACUUUGCACUGAAAACCAAGUUUUUCUCAUUUAAAAACAUUGGGGAUGCUUCCUAGAAACAAGAGUUGAGGUCUCAUCAGCCCUCGUGAGUAGGAAUUCCCCAGUGAGUCACAAUGUAUAGAAAGACUGGGAACUGGCAGGGGUGCAUGGUGGGAAUCUAAAGAAAAAUAGGAAUACCAAGAAUGUCAGAGUGCAGACAAAAACAAAAGGUACCACAGGAUGCUGGUAUCGAGAGAGAGAGAUAAAAAGCUGUGAUUUAGCAGCAUAAUACAUUUUUUCUUGUACCUCACCUUGGGUGGAUGCCUGGAAGAGUUGAACACAGCCUAGGAAGUUGCCUGGAAUAGGGCAGAUCUGAGGUUUUCUUUGGUUAUUUUUAAUGUUUCUUACUAAGCACCACCUACAUCUUUAGGAAGUCAUUUUUUAUACCUGUAUCAUGUUAAUUCAUUAGGGAGGUGCUUCCCUGAAGUACAGAAGGGAGCUAAACUAUCAACAAGAAACCAAGGUUUGGAAUUUCAGAGCUCUGUGUUAACAUUUUGGGAAUAAAGAGCGUAACAUUUGCCACGACAAACCAUUGUCUGGGGACAGGGAGGAUGACUGGGAUGUCUUCCCUUGAACUCAGUGGUGCUAGAACAGUUCCACGACAGCUUGAGCUGCAGGCUCUAGAAGUGUUAAAUAAAUACAUUUUUAAGGAGCUCCAUUAAGGCUCUGCCUGUGCUGGGCUGUCAAAACUUGUGUCUGUAAUAUAAGUAAUUCAGAAACUCCUGUUCUUCUAACACAAAAAUUUGAUUCAGACAGCAGUAUUAUUUUUGAUAUUAAUAUUAAAGCUCUUAUGACCAACGGAUUCCAUGAGUAGUUCUCAGAUAAUAAUCUGCAGCUAGGAAGGAAAUGUCAUUAAUGAUGGAAAACCAGAGAAACUGAAUUCAGAAAACAAAAGAGAAUUUCAUAUCUGUAUGAUUUCUUAAAACUCACAGUGAGCUAAAAUGUGAUUUAUAAAUUCCAAAGCUACAAGGGAAAAAAAUGUCAACAAGACUGUGCUCUCUGGACACAACAGGCAUGGGAAGAGCUGUUCCGAGGGGAAAGGGAGCCAAAAGGGGGAGAGGGAAAGGGCUGCUGCAAUAAUGCCAAGGACACAGGAGGCUCUUCCCUCUGCAGCUCCUGCUGCACAUGGGGUCCCAGGCAGAAUCCAGGAUAAACAGGGCCAUGAAGAUGACCCUCAGUGUGCUGAGUCUGGGCUCCUCUCUGGGACAGAGAGGCAGAGCGCUCCUCCCAAAAUUCCCAGGCUGUUUAUGAUAAAUGGGAAGUAUCCGAACGGGGGGUGGAGCUGAUAUGCAGAUAUCCCUGAACUCUUGAGGCAGUGCCUGGGCACCCAUCACGUGCAAAUAUGAAACUGAGAAACGUAAUCUGGGCCUCUGAGCUUUGUUUCCAGCCCAGUUUCGGAACCUCAUGUACUGAAUGGUGCAGCAAUAAUAUUCAUGUUGGACUUGGGCUUUCGCCUGAUUUUUAGGAGGAUUUUUGUGAGUGCUCAAGCUGGGUGUUUUGUGAGGGCCAGAUUUCAUCCUGUAUUACCCCAGCCCAAGCCCUCUAAUGCCUCCCUCCUGUGUUUUGGUUUUGCAUCAGCUCAGCUGGCCCCGGAGAAAGCUGCACUAGCAGCACAGCUCAGCCAAAAGCACCUGUGCCCUUGUCCCCUCUGCCUAAAAACCCAACAGCUCUGCCACAAAACCUGCUGAGGCAGAUGAGCCCUCACGUGCUUUGAGGUUUUAUAGUGACCACCAGCAAGAGGGAACAGAAAAUACCCCAAAAAACCCCAGGAUAAGCAACCAAUAACCUACCUUGUCCCUUUUCCCUGCCUUUCCCGUGGUGAGGGAUGUCACAAAGCCGAGGAGGUUGCAGAAGCUGAGCACUUGGUAAACCAGUUUUUUUUUAAUUAGCAAACCAACUCGUUUACAAAGGUAAACAGAACUUUGAAAAUAUUUAAUUAUACAGUAGAAACAAAUUGUACUAUAAAGAGCUUUCUAUGAAGUGAGUAAAAUUCAUGUUUACAUUUUACAUGAAAAUGUUUACACUUAAUAUACUUAAAACUGAGAACUUCAAAAAAAAACUGAAUAAACAACGCGUUUCAAA